AUGGUUAGAAGUAUUAUUAUGAUUUUACAAGUUUUCGCAAAUUUACAUCGAAACGAUUGACGGUUAUUCCACUCCGUCUCCAGCACGUAGUCUUUGAUUGUGUAGAGGAAACCGGCGAAAGCCAGUUGGCGUUGACAUUUUUUGUUGAAGCACAUAAUCUGUUACGUCGUUCUAGACGUAUGAUAAUUUGUAGGAUAAUGCUAAAUGAUCUACCUGUGAUCUACCCGCUAGGUUAGGUAUUAUUCUCGCUUAUUUGUCAUAAUUCGGGUCGCCCUCCCUCUGAGGACGAACCCUCUAUUCAUUCGAUACAUUCUAUAUUCUGCUCACCCAGCUAAGGUUUACUCUCGCUGAAUAAACCUUUAGCAAAAAAAAAAACUCUUGUCUGGUUUGAAUCUUCCCUACCAACGCGGUGGAAGAUUCAAGAACUACAACAAUGAUUUCAUUAUUGACAAGUAAGUUUUCUAAAAGUUUUUAAAAUAAAUUCUAAUUUUCUUAAUUUCAGCAUCAGUCGUAACGAGCUUCUGACACUUCGAGAGCUCGCCGACAACUUUUACAAAAUAUACAACGAGAAGAAUCUGGACGCAACGUUCGGCAACUGGCUCUUCUACCGUUUUGUGCUCUCCAUAGACCGAAGGAAUCGACUACCGCCGCCGGCGCCUAGUGCGACAGUUCCGACCACGUUCAGCAACGAACAACUGAUGUCCAACGACCCGGCGCUUGUGGAACACGAGAAAAUGCAGAGAAAGAUAAUGGAACUGCGGGAGCAUGUGCUCAAAGCGCACGCGUUUAUAACCGAACUUGCCGAAGAUCCGCGUGAUGUGAUUUCGCCCGGAAUCCAGUGUUUUUUCAAAGAACUCGCGCCCAAGUAA